AUGUGGCGCAUUCCAACCGACACCCCCCAGGUCGCCGUGCCUAACGGCCUCACCAAGCUGGCCGAAGUGACCGCCGACACUCCCCUCGACGAAGUCUUCGCCCACUGGAAGGAAAGCGGCGGCAUCAUCCUCAAAAACAUCCUCACACCAGCCGAAGCAUCGCAAAUCACCGUCGAGCUCGCCUCCCGCCUUGACUCCGUCCAACGCGGCUCCCGCGUCCCACACCCCGACCUCGCGGCCUUUCACGGCCCCAAGACCAAACGCGCCGGCGACCUCAUCAACCACAGCGCGACAUUCCGCGCCCGUAUCCUUGAUAACGACUUCAUCCACGCCAUCUGCAAGCGCUGCUUCUCCGAAGGCGGCCACAACGGCGACUACUGGCUCUCCGCGGCCACGACCCUCCACGCCGGCGGCCCGCAGCCCGCCCAGGUCCUCCACCGCGACCUCACAUCCUACCCGCCCUACGCACAGCUCGGCCCCGAGGGCACAGAGCCGCAGAUCAACUUCCUCUUCGCGUUUACGCCCUUCACGGCGGAGAACGGCGCCACGCGGCUCAUCCCGGGGAGCAACAAGUGGGCCUUCGACCAGCGCGGGAACAUGGCGCAGACCAUCCCCGCCGUCAUGGACACGGGCGACUGUCUGCUCAUCGGUGGGAAGGUGAUCCAUGCGAUGGGCGAGAAUACCACCGAGACGGAGCGGCGGUGUAUCCAGUUGACGGUGAUUCCGAGUUUCCUGACACCGUCGGAGGCGCAUCCGUUUAUCAUCACGCUGGAGACGGUGCGCACGCUGUCGAAGCGCGCGCAGCGGUUUGUGGGCUUUCGGUCGCAGUAUCCUCGGGGCUCGCCGGGGUUGUGGACGAAGGAUUAUAUCGAGUUGGCGUUGCAUUUGGGGUUGGAUGAUCUGCAGGGCGCGAUGGAGGAUUUGCAGGAUGUGCUGAACCAGCCGAAGCAGUGGGAUACGAUUGAUUAUGAUAAGUCCUGA